AUGACUUUAACACAUAACGUACCCCAAACAUAUCCCCUAGACAGCUGGCUUACAACAAUCAAUGAGCUGCUCUCACCGCAGUCCCCUGAACACAUCCUAGGGGAGCAGAAUCAACUUCUCGAUCUGCAAAGGUCUUUCACGACUCGACUCCCCAUCUCCGAAGAAACCAAAGAAUAUCUGAAGUUGAAAGGCACUCUCAAAAUUGUUCCGAUCAACCUCCGGAAUGAGUUGCUUGGGGCAUAUAUCAAAUACGUUCACCCUCUCCUGCCGAUUAUCGAUCUACAAUGGUUUUUAUCAAAUGUCAUGGUAGGGGACGAAUCCCAGUUCGCGAGUCCUCUUCUUCAUCAGGCCGUCAUGCUAGCUGGAAGUGCGUUCAUUGAACAAGAAACAGCUGUCAAAGCUGGGUUCUCAUCGCGCAAAGCGUUGCGAAGAACGCUAUUCGGGCGAGCCAAGCUUCUAUAUGAAUUCGAGACCGAACCCGACGCAUACAUUCAGAUCCAAGCACUAUUGCUCAUGAUGCAGUGGCACGGAAGUGGAGUUGGUCACAAAGUCCCGACAUACUGGUUCGAUCUCGCCUACUCGACAGCAGAGCGCAUUGGUCUGCUCGAAAGUCUUGAAACGGGUAGUUUCUCUCACAAACAUCGGUUGUGGUGGUGUCUCUAUGUGCGCGAUCGCAUUCUCUCCCUCGGCUUCCGUCGACCCCCCCGAAUCCCCCACAGCGAUGUCAGGAUGUCCCUACUAGAAUCCACAAAAUACUACUCCUCGGAACCCUACCACGAUCUCGUGCUAGCAAUGCUCGGAGAAGCAUCGGCCAUGCUGAACUGGGAAAACCAAGAACGAAUGAUGCUUCUAUUCAUCCAAGAGAUUAAACUCGCCCAUUGCGUGGGAGUCAUUCUGGCGCAUCUUUACCAAGACGCCUGGUCACCAUCGCCAUCAGGAGACUGGCAAUACUCUUUCGUUCCCAAGUCCGAUGUCUCACAAGUUACUAUUACUGGAUGCGAACAGCUUCUGAAGACUUGGAUAAAGGAUCUUCCUGCGCCAGCGCAUUACUUCUCCCCGUCACUUUUGCAUGGCUUCCACAAAGAAGCCCCAGAGACUGUCCUUCUCGUUCAUCAAGCGUUCCUGUAUCUCCUACAUCUCACUGCGAUGUCCAUCCUCUACCAAGCCGCGUCCAAUGGUGGAGAUAGUCUUCGCACGACCAUUAUGCCGGAAAUGAGACGCUUGACUUCUCAAGUCAAUGAGAUUCUCAAUGAAUUGCACGACUGCAGAAUGCUUCAUUAUCUGCCGGGGACCAGCAUUACUAUCCUGGCCAUUAUUCUUGAAGCGAGUCUUCCGGAUCUCAAGGUUGCGGAUGACAUUGUGAGGAUGCAGGCCAUGUCGAAUUUGUACACGUGUGAGGAAGCGGCUGGACACUUAUUGCAGACAUAUCCUGCGGCCGAAAUUGUUCUUUCGCAGGCGCAGAAUGCCCGUGGGCAUCUACUGGGGUUGACGGCUAUUUGA